CACAUCCAGCCUGCUCCUCCCUUCGUUAUCCGCUCGGCCACUCCCUUUCUCCGACCACUCCGCCCGCAGCUCUCUGCUCCAAUGGCGCUGUGCCGGACGGCGCCCGCCAACUCCUCCUGCUUCCACCCCCGCGCCGUCGCAAGCUCGCCCUCUUCUCUCUGCGUGGGCACCAAGGUCUUCGUCGGGCUGAAGGCCCAGACCAAGCUCGGAUCGUCGGAGUCGUCGUGCCCGAAUGUCAACGCCCGGUUCUACACCGCCGUCAACCGGAGGGUCUCCCUGGGGUUAUCAAACAAGAGGGCUACCAGGGCACGCAUUUCAAUGAUGCCUGUCGGUACACCCCGGGUACCUUACAGAACACCUGGUGAAGGAACCUGGCAGUGGCUUGACAUAUGGAAUGCUCUAUAUCGUGAACGUAUUAUCUUCAUUGGGGACAAUAUAGAUGAAGAAUUUAGUAACCAAGUAUUGGCAAGCAUGCUGUAUCUUGACAGUGUUGAUGACUCAAAAAAGAUUAUUCUAUACAUCAAUGGCCCAGGAGGAGAUCUUACGCCGUGUAUGGCGUUAUAUGAUACCAUGCUAAGCUUAAAAAGUCCUAUUGGUACACAUUGCCUGGGCUUUGCAUUCAACUUGGCAGGAUUUAUUCUUGCAGCUGGUCAAAAGGGUUCACGUACUGGUAUGCCUCUUUGCCGGAUUUCACUUCAGUCACCUGCUGGAGCAGCUCGAGGCCAGGCCGAUGAUAUAGAAAAUGAAGCUAACGAACUUAAUAGAAUCAGGAACUAUCUUUAUGGCAAGUUAUCAGAGCACACAGGUCAUCCUGUUGAGAAGAUUCACGAGGACCUGGACAGGGUGAAGCGCUUUGAUGCUGAAGGAGCCCUCGAAUACGGAAUUAUUGACCGUAUUGUUAUGCCUUCUCGGAUCAAGAAAGAGGGGUCCACUGGUCAAAAGAAGGAUCUACGGAAUCUGGGACUUGGCUAAUAGAUGCUACUGUAUCAGAGUUAGUGUUAGACAGCACCAUUUCCCAUAGUUCGCUCCUGCUUUAAAACCUUAAUGGUUGUUGAUCAGUUCAUGUUGAGAUAUGAGAUCGACUUUGUCAUCUCCAAUCUCCUUAGACUUAAAGUACAAUCAGUAGCAGGCAGAAAUGAAUGGUUUCAUCUGUUCUUCUGUUUUGUCACACACACACACACGCACACCGAGAAGCGCAGCAUACAUUUUUCUAGUUUCAUGCAAGAGAAUAUAUCGUUGCUGGAGCAA